AAAACCUAUGUGUGCAUGUUUGUUUUGAGCAAAACAAAGAUCAUUGAAAAAUCUUGAGAAAAUACAUGUACUCAAAUGAUGCUCCUGGGAUAAUAACUGAAACUACAUUGGAAGAGUUAGUAUUUCUAUUAUGAAGUCUGGUAUGAAGUUCACUUGGUGGGUAGAGGGACACAAUUAGUCUAAAGCUGAAUAGCCGCCACGUACGCAUAUAUACCCUCUGAAUUGAUAAUACGUCGCUGAUAUAAAUUCACAACAUCAGGAUGGGCAUAAAUGUAACUAAUAAUAUAACGUACAUGCAGAUAGAAGAUCACCAUAAAUGCAGGACAAACAUUUUAACCUACCAUCAGGAGUACUUUGUGAAACUUAGCAUUCUCACGAUCCUGUCAAUUCCGGUUAUUUUUGGUAAUCUACUAGUGAUACUCGCAAUCUAUCAACAACAAAGUCUCCGCACAAUCACAAAUUAUUUUAUUGCUAGUCUCGCAAUUGUUGACGAGAUGAUCGGCAUAAACAGUGUUCCGGUCUUGGUAGUUUUUCACAACCUUGGUACAGUCACAGAGACCAGAAUAUGCAUUUUUAUAUCAAUUAUAAUGUACCAUCCAUUCUGCACUUCGAUUCUCCAUUUGUUAGCCAUCGAUAUUGAUCGAUACAUAGCAAUUAUUCAUCCUUUACACUACCACCAAUGGGUUACUCCCUUUAGAGCUCAGGUUGCCAUAGCAACAAUCUGGUUAGGAGGCUUCACCAUGUUUGCCGUGUUUAUGGUAAAAGGGCAAGACACAGAUGCAGAAACAUACCUGUGCGACCAACUUGACAUGUUACUGCGAUGGAAAGCAUGUUGCUUCUUAGUCACAUCUUUCGCUAUCCCACUCACUAUAAUGGUGGUCUUAUACAUUAGGAUUUUCCUAGCUGCGCGAACACAGCUUCGUAAAAUAAACAACCAGCUUCAAGUGACUGAUCACAUUCAACAAAAUUCCCGUUUACAGACAGAAUUGAAAGCUGCCAUUACUCCAUGCAUUGUUCUAGGCGUGUUGUUAGUGUGCUGGCUGCCGCAGCUUAUCAUGGUUAGCAUCCAUCCAUUGUUUCCAGGAAGCUGUGAUGUAAUCGGUCAGAUGGUAGCAGAUACUUUAAUAGUUAUAAAUUCUGGUAUUAAUCCAGUGAUCUACGCAUGGCGUAAUCGAAAGUUUAGACAAGCUUUUCAGAAAAUUAUUCAGAAAAUGAAGCAAUGUUGAGACUGCUAUAUUUUCUUUAUACAUGCAUUCUUUUACAGAUGACAACUCACAAACCAAAAAUUGUAUUUACUUAAUUAUUAAAUAUUGGAAUAAAAUA